AUGGCGAUCGCGAUCUCGCAGGAGGCCUUCGACGACAUGGUCCGGGAGAACGUGGAGGACCUCGGCAUGGACCCCGACGAGGCGCUCGCCGACGCCGUCGAGGCUCUCACCCUCCAGGGCGCCGACCUCGCCGGGAUCAUCAAGCGCGUGCCCGGGGAGGCCGCGGCGGAGGAGGCGAACCCGGUGAUGCGGGUGCUGGACGAACUGAAGGCCUCCGCCACCGCCAGUGCCAGCGGCAGACCGGGGGAAGAUCUGGACAGUUUGGUCUCUUCGCUCGACGAGUUGCGCGGGCUCUGCUCCGGCGAGGAGGCGGAGAAUGCGGCCGUGGCUGCCCGGAAUGGCGGAGUGGAGGCGCUCCUCGCCCUGUGCGCGUCGGCUGGGGUCACGCAGGAGAGGCUGCUUGCUUCGGGCUUGAAGGCGCUGAGCUCCCUGAUCCGGGAUGUUGGAGGCACUGAAAAGUUCAGGCAAAGCCAGGGGCCCAAGAUUGUCAUGGGUAUCUUGAAAGGGGCCUUGGGAAGUACAGACAUACUGGAUGGUGGUUUCAGUGUCGUGGCAGCUGCAUCUGCUGGCAAUGAAGUUGUGAAAGAUGCCUUUAUGGACCUCAAGGUCGAUGAACUCAUUCUUCAGGUUAUGAGGGACAAAUCAAACAGUAAAGUGCAAAGCUUGUAUGAUGCCAUACGUGUUCUGCUGACACCUGACGAUAACCGAGUGGUGGCUUCUCAAGUAUUUGGAUAUUCACGGAAAUUUGCAGAGAUUGGCAUUGCAGAAGUUCUUGUUAUCGCACUCCGUGAACAAGUUGCUCCAUCCAGUUUACCAUCAGCUUGUGCUGCUUUGAAGGCGAUCGCUGUUAAUGAAGAAAUAUGCCGGUCCAUAUCAGAAAAUGGUGGGAUUGAUGUACUUCUUCAGUGCAUCGAUGAGGCUGGCGUACAGAAGAACAAAGUUAUAGCAAAAUCUUGCUGCUCUUUGUUGUCUAAGCUUGCUGGAAGUGACGCAAACAAGGCCAGUAUUAUCCAGCAAGGUGGUUUUGAUAAGUUCUUGAAGUUGACGUCCAGAUUUUCUGAAGACCCAUCAGUAAUACAGGAGGUAAUGUCUCUGGUGCAAGCCCUGACACUGCGGUCACCAGAACAUGCAGCACUUGCGAUCAGUUUAGGCUAUGGUACUCUGGCCAUACAGACAAUGCAAAAGUUCCCCUCCUCUGCCCUGACUCAGAAGCAAGCAUGUCUUAUGAUCCGUAAUCUCGUUGUCAGAAACCCUGAAAACAGGACCAUCUUGCUUAAGGAAGGAGUGGAGAAGCUUAUCAGGAAAGCCAAGGCAAUACAUGGAAGCUGCAAAUCUGCUGCCACAGAUGCGUUGAGAGACCUGGGGUUGGACAACUACAAUGCAUAGACAACAUAGGUAGCCUACCGUGUGUAAAGUUUUCGCAGUCUGAGGAUGUUCUGAGAAAGUGUUACGUUUUGGCUAAUAGAGUUGUACUACUGCGUUUGUCUCUGUUUCUGGUCCCACUUCUGUGGAAAUUUUGAAUAGCGUGGUAACAUGUUCUGAUUACUCA